GUUUCUCCCUCCCCGGGGCCUCCUCAUGACCGCCCAUAGACAAAAGAGGCUCGUCAGGGGCGCCUUCUCCUCAGGCCUGGUACUCAGUUCCCGGCUUCUCCUCCGUGGCCGCCUGUGACACGCGGCCUUCGGGAGCGCGGUCAAGGCGGAGCCGCCAUAGCGCCAGCCCCCGUCUCCGCCCCCGCACCGCCCAGCCGGCAGAAACUCUGGCCCGCUAGUCGGCCGCAGCCCUGGCGGCGCGGCAAGUCGUGCGCCAAGGCUCUUGAGCGUCGCGGGGAUGAGGAGCAGAAGCAAUUCCGGGGUCCGCCUGGACGGGUACGCAAGGCUGGUGCAGCAAACCAUUCUCUGUUACCAGAAUCCCGUCACAGGGCUGCUGUCAGCCAGCCAUGAGCAGAAGGAUGCCUGGGUGCGCGACAACAUCUACAGCAUCCUGGCUGUGUGGGGACUGGGCAUGGCCUACCGCAAGAAUGCCGACCGCGAUGAGGACAAGGCCAAGGCCUAUGAAUUGGAACAGAACGUGGUGAAGCUAAUGCGAGGUCUACUCCAGUGCAUGAUGAGACAGGUGGACAAAGUGGAGAAGUUCAAACACACUCAGAGUACCAAAGACAGUUUGCACGCCAAGUACAAUACCUCCACCUGCAGUACCGUGGUGGGUGAUGACCAGUGGGGCCACCUCCAGGUGGAUGCCACUUCCCUCUUCCUCCUGUUCCUGUCCCAGAUGACUGCGUCAGGCUUACGUAUUAUUUUCACCCUUGAUGAGGUGGCCUUCAUACAGAAUCUUGUUUUCUACAUAGAAGCUGCAUAUAAAGUCGCUGAUUAUGGAAUGUGGGAGCGUGGUGAUAAGACUAAUCAAGGCAUUCCAGAAUUGAAUGCAAGCUCUGUGGGAAUGGCCAAGGCAGCACUUGAGGCAAUUGAUGAACUGGACCUUUUUGGAGCCCAUGGAGGACGAAAGUCAGUAAUCCAUGUCCUGCCUGAUGAGGUUGAGCACUGCCAGUCUAUUCUAUUCUCCAUGCUGCCAAGAGCAUCGACAUCUAAAGAGAUUGAUGCUGGACUUCUUUCCAUUAUUUCUUUCCCAGCCUUUGCAGUGGAAGAUAUGAACCUUGUGAAUGUGACCAAAAAUGAAAUUAUUUCCAAGCUCCAGGGGCGUUAUGGAUGCUGUCGCUUCCUUCGAGAUGGUUAUAAGACCCCAAGAGAGGACCCAAACCGAUUGCAUUAUGACCCUGCUGAACUCAAGCUCUUUGAAAACAUUGAGUGUGAGUGGCCUGUGUUCUGGACUUAUUUCAUCAUAGAUGGAAUCUUCAAUGGUGAUGCUGUUCAGGUCCAAGAGUACCGAGAGGCCCUGGAGGAAAUAUUAAUCAGAGGCAAGGACGGGAUCCACUUGGUGCCGGAACUCUAUGCCGUCCCACCUGACAAGGUGGAUGAAGAGUACAAGAAUCCUCACACGGUGGACAGAGUUCCUCUGGGGAAGCUGCCCCAUCUCUGGGGUCAGUCCUUGUACAUCCUCAGCUCCCUGUUGGCAGAGGGAUUCCUUGCCACUGGUGAAAUUGAUCCCUUAAAUAGAAGAUUUUCUACUUCAGUCAAACCUGAUGUUGUAGUACAAGUCACUGUUUUGGCAGAAAACAGUCACAUUAAGGAGCUGUUGAGGAAACAUGGGGUAAACGUCCAGAGUGUUGCUGACAUUCAUCCAAUUCGAGUCCAGCCAGGCCGGAUUCUCAGUCACAUAUAUGCCAAGCUUGGACGAAAUAAGAAUAUGAAGCUGAGUGGGCGACCAUAUCGGCACAUUGGUGUUCUUGGAACUUCUAAACUCUAUGUGAUUAGGAACCAAAUCUUUACUUUUACACCCCAGUUCACCGACCAGCAUCACUUCUACCUGGCCCUGGACAACGAGAUGAUGGUGGAGAUGCUGAGGAUCGAGCUGGCCUACCUGUGCACCUGCUGGCGGAUGACAGGCAGACCCACACUCACCUUCCCCGUCACACACACCAUGCUCACAAAUGAUGGCUCAGACAUUCAUUCUGCAGUUCUUUCUACAAUUAGAAAACUAGAGGAUGGAUAUUUUGGAGGAGCUAGAGUAAAAUUAGGGAACCUGUCGGAAUUCCUCACCACAUCAUUCUACACGUAUCUGACUUUCCUGGAUCCAGACUGCGAUGAGAAGUUGUUUGAUGAUGCCAGUGAAGGGAGCUUCAGCCCUGAUAGUGACUCAGAUCUGGGAGGAUAUGGGGAAGACACCUGCAAUCAAGUUAUAGAAAGCCAAGAUGAACUCGACCAGUAUAUGAACCACCUUCUGCAAAGCACAUCCUUGAGGUGCUACCUACCCCCUCUCUGUAAAAAGACAGAAGACCUCCAUGUGUUCAGUGCCAUCCACUCCACUCGGGACAUACUUUCUGUGAUGGCCAAAGCAAAGGGUUUGGAAAUUCCAUUCGUUCCCAUGACUUUGCCAACUAAAGUUCUAAGUGUGCACCGUAAGUCAUUGAAUCUUGUUGAUUCUCCUCAGCCACUCCUAAAAAAGGCUCCUGAAAAUGACUUCCAGUGGCCCAGAGAUGACCAUGGUGAUGUGGACUGUGAGAAGCUAGUUGAACAGCUGAAAGAUUGUUCAAAUCUGCAGGACCAAGCAGACAUCCUGUACAUCCUUUAUGUAAUAAAGGGUCCCAACUGGGACACCAAUCUCUCAGGACAGCAUGGGGUCACUGUUCACAAUCUUCUCAGUGAGCUCUAUGGGAAAGCCGGCCUGAACCAAGAGUGGGGUUUGAUUCGCUACAUCUCAGGCCUGCUCAGGAAGAAGGUGGAGGUCCUUGCUGAGGCCUGUGCAGACCUGCUGUCCCACCAGAAGCAGCUCACUGUGGGGUUACCGCCUGAACCACGGGAGAAGACUAUCUCGGCGCCUCUUCCUCCAGAGGAGCUCACAAAACUCAUCUACGAGGCCAGCGGGCAGGACAUCAGCAUCGCGGUCCUCACACAGGAGAUUGUGGUUUACCUCGCUAUGUACGUCAGGGCCCAGCCUAGCCUCUUUGUGGAGAUGCUUCGACUCCGGAUUGGGCUGAUCAUUCAGGUGAUGGCCACAGAGCUGGCAAGGAGCCUGAACUGCUCAGGAGAAGAAGCUUCUGAGAGUUUGAUGAACCUCAGCCCUUUUGAUAUGAAAAAUCUCCUACACCAUAUUCUAAGCGGAAAAGAGUUUGGUGUGGAAAGAAGUGUACGCCCUAUUCACUCCACCACAUCCAGCCCUGCCAUCUCCAUCCACGAGGUGGGACAUACUGGAGUCACCAAAACUGAGAGGAGUGGCAUUACCAGACUGAGGAGUGAGAUGAAACAGAUGACAAGGCGAUUUAGUGCUGAUGAACAGUUCUUUUCUGUGGGCCAGGCCGCAUCCAGCAGUGUGCAUUCCUCCAAGUCUGCGAGGUCCAGCACCCCAUCCUCACCCACAGGCACAUCAUCAUCAGACUCAGGAGGAUAUCACAUUGGCUGGGGGGAGCGGCAGGGCCAGUGGCUACGCAGAAGAAGGCUAGAUGGGGCCAUCAACAGGGUCCCGGUGGGAUUCUACCAGAAGGUGUGGAAGAUCCUUCAAAAGUGCCAUGGUCUCUCCAUUGAUGGUUAUGUCCUCCCAUCCUCAACGACCCAAGAGAUGACUCCACAUGAAAUCAAGUUUGCUGUCCAUGUGGAAUCAGUGCUGAACCGCGUGCCCCAGCCCGAGUACCGGCAGCUGCUGGUGGAAACCAUCAUGGUGCUGACACUGCUCUCAGACACAGAGAUGGACAGCAUUGGGGGCAUCAUCCAUGUAGAUCAGAUUGUGCAGAUGGCCAAUCAGCUGUUCCUGCAGGACCAGGUAUCAAUUGGAGCCACUGAUACCCUGGAGAAAGACCAAGCCACAGGAAUUUGCCACUUCUUUUAUGACAGCGCUCCAAGUGGGGCUUAUGGGACAAUGACCUACCUAACAAAAGCAGUGGCUUCUCACUUGCAGGAACUGCUGCCCAGUUCAGGCUGCCAGAUGCAGUAAGACUACAACUAUAAACAUGAUCACCUCUGAAUCUGUCA